GCUUCGUUCCUCUUCUCCUAUCCGACUCUAUUCUUUUGUUACUCUGACAAUGAAAUCAGGCGAAACUCGUUGCUAUGAAAUACAUUGAGAGAGGUCGUAAGAUUGAUGAGAAUGUGGCGAGAGAAAUUAUCAAUCAUAGAUCCCUUAGGCAUCUUAAUAUCAUUCGAUUCAAGGAGGUGGUUCUAACUCCAACUCAUCUUGCAAUUGAAAUGGAGUAUGCUUCUAGAGGAGAGCUCUUUGAAAGAAUCUGUAAUGCUAGUAGAUUCAGUGAAGCUGAGCUGAUUUGUGGCGUGGACUACUGUCAUUCACUGUUGCAGAGUGGGAAUAAGCUCCGCGUGUUUUGGUGUCAACUUGUUGUCCUAGUUUUUAGUUUUGUUUCAGUUAGUUCCUGCAAUUUCUCUUUCACGUAUUUGUAA